GUAGACCCCGCAAAAUAUCACUCCAAAUUGCAAUUCCUUUCACUCUCUUCCUCAUUCGUCAAUUCUCAUUUCAGCUCACCGGUUCCUGUUUUCCCUUUUUCUCUCUGCAAGAGCCUUUUCCUAUCUCCCCCUUAAUAUCAAAUCAGAUAUUAUCAUUACCCAUCUCCCAUUUCCACGAUUUCCCGAUCUCCUUUACUUAUAUCCAGUAUCCACCACUCAUUCUGAUUUAAACCUUCAACCACAAUUCAAUCGCUGCCUUUAGGGAUUUUCAACCUCUUGGCUUCCUUCUAUAAUCUUGUAUGGCAGUGAGGGGCGUCGAUUUUAAGUGGUAUGAUGGGUUUUUCCUGUCAAUGCUUGCCACUAGUAUAAUUAUAGUUGCAAUCAACUGGAAGCGUUACCAUCUAUGCACAAACCCACUACACAUAUGGAUCGUGGUUGAUUAUACCACGGUCUUCAUAUUUCGUCUGUUGAUGUUUGUGGACAAUGGGCUUGCUGCUGGAAUGGGAUUGGAUUUUGGUCGUCAGCAGAGACAUGCUCGAUUUUGUGGAAGGGUGGUGGUGUUAUCAAUUCUCUCUGUGUUUCUCUACCCCUUUCUCUGGGCAUGGACUGUAAUCGGUUCUCUAUGGUUCAGUAGUUCAAAAGACUGUCUCCCUGAAGAAGGUCAGAAAUGGGGUUUUCUGAUAUGGUUGCUUUUCAGCUACAGCGGGCUCGUUUGCAUUGCUGCAUUGUGUAUGAAAAAGUGGUUAACAAGAAGGAAAGCUCAUUCACUACGCGCUCAACAAGGAAUUCCAAUUUCAGAAUACGGGGUGUUUGUUGAUAUGGUUCGUGUACCGGAUUGGGCAUUUGAAACUGCUGCAGGCCAAGAGAUGAGAGGCAUGGCUCAAGAUGCUACUUCAUAUCAUCCUGGGCUUUACUUAACUGAACCCCAGAGAGAAGCGGUAGAGGCACUAAUCCAAGAACUUCCAAAGUUCAUGCUGAAAGCGGUUCCAACUGAUUGUAGCGAGUGUCCGAUUUGUUUGGAAGAGUUUCAUGUCGGGAAUGAGGUGCGGGGUCUACCAUGCGCACAUAACUUUCAUGUAGCAUGCAUUGAUGAAUGGCUACGAUUGAAUGUGAAAUGCCCUCGAUGCCGAUGUUCGGUCUUCCCUAAUCUUGACCUUACGGCUCUCUCCACCAUUCCGGUUGACCAUGACCGGUUGACCGUUUCAUCGACUCGUUACAUGAGGAGUCAACCAGGUAGUCAGAGUUAUCUGUUGAGAAUGCAAGGUUUCCUUCGUCCUGUUCGCACUGGAAAUGCCGAUUCCGAUUCCGCCUCUAGUUCCGAUUCCGAUUGUGCUUUGGAAAGGGCGGAAAACGGUGGUCAACCGUCUGAGAAUCGUGGUCUUCAUCAUACAAGUAGUACACAGCCUGAACAAUGAUUGUUUUGACCUCCCGCCUCAUGAGUGAAUGAGGUGUAAGUUUUGAUCCUUGUUUACAGAUUUAUGUAUAAUGUAUUAUUGAUCAUUUGAUUGAUUAAGUAAAUUAUGAUAAAUGGGGU